ACCCUGAGCAGGACCCCGAGCUGGGUGUCCUGUGCAACUCCUGCCGCCAUCUGCUCGCCUCAGACGGAAGCCGCAAGAGAAGAGAAUCAAAAUGUUCAGGAAAAAACUGGACAAUCGUAUCCGUGUCCAAAUUGAAAAUGGAGUGGCGCAGCGCCAACGGACAUUGUUUGCUAUUGUGGGUGAUCGUGGCAGAGAUCAGGUGGUUAUACUUCAUCACAUGCUCUCUAAAGCUACAGUGAAGGCCAGGCCAUCGGUAUUGUGGUGUUACAAGAAAGAGCUUGGCUUUAGCAGUCAUAGGAAGAAGCGAAUGAGGCAGUUGCAGAAAAAGAUAAAAAGUGGUACACUGGACCUCAAGCAAGAUGAUCCCUUCGAGCUUUUUGUAGCUGCGACGAAUAUUCGAUAUUGCUAUUACAAUGAGACUCAUAAGAUCUUGGGUAACACCUACGGGAUGUGUGUUUUGCAGGACUUUGAAGCCAUGACACCCAACCUUUUGGCAAGGACUGUUGAGACAGUGGAAGGAGGUGGACUUAUUGUGAUUCUACUGAGAACUGUCAAUUCCUUGAAACAGUUGUAUACAAUGACAAUGGAUGUCCAUUCACGUUUUAGAACAGAAUCACAUCAGGAUGUGGUUGGAAGAUUCAAUGAAAGGUUUAUACUUUCCCUGGCAUCCUGCAAGAAUUGCAUUGUGAUAAAUGAUCAGUUGGAUAUCUUGCCACUUUCCAGUCACAUUCUCAACAUCAAAUCUGUCUCGCCUAAAUCCACGGAGGAAAGCCUAACGCCUGGAGAGAUUGAAUUAAGAGAGCUUAAAGAAUCUCUAAGUGAUACACAACCAGUAGGAGUUCUUAUAGAGUGCAGCAAAACAUUGGAUCAGGCUAAAGCAGUGCUGAAAUUCAUUGAAGCAAUAUCAGAGAAAACACUAAGAAGCACGGUUGCAUUAACUGCUGCCAGAGGCCGUGGUAAAUCAGCUGCAUUAGGACUGUCUGUUGCAGGAGCAGUAGCAUUUGGAUAUUCCAAUAUCUUUGUCACCUCGCCAAGUCCAGACAACUUAAUCACCUUUUUUGAAUUUGUGUUUAAGGGAUUUGAUGCAUUACAGUAUCAGGAGCAUCUGGACUAUGAAAUAAUUCAAUCCUUAAAUCCUGAGUACAACAAAGCUGUGGUUCGUGUUAAUAUCUAUAAGGAGCACAGGCAGACUAUACAGUACAUUCAUCCAGCAGAUGCAGUUAAACUGGAUCAGGCUGAACUUGUGAUUAUUGAUGAGGCAGCUGCCAUCCCACUUCCACUGGUGAAGAAAUUGCUGGGACCAUAUCUUGUAUUUAUGGCCUCCACUAUAAAUGGAUAUGAAGGGACAGGACGUUCACUCUCUUUGAAGCUGAUACAACAGUUGCGACAGCAAAAUGAACAGAACAAGAUCAACCUUACUGCAGAGAAUAAAGUCGUGUCUACGGCCAAACUCAGCACAGUGCGGUCCCUACAUGAGGUUUCUUUACAUGAGGCGAUUCGAUAUGCCCCUGGAGAUCCUGUGGAGAAGUGGCUGAAUGAUCUGCUGUGCUUGGACUGUCUGAAUGUCUACAGAAUCAUCGCGGGCUGCCCACUUCCAGAGACGUGUGACCUCUAUUAUGUGAACAGAGACACACUUUUUUGUUACCAUAAAGCAUCUGAAGCCUUCCUACAGCGACUGAUGUCUUUAUAUGUGGCAUCCCAUUAUAAGAACAGCCCUAAUGACCUUCAGUUACUAUCUGAUGCUCCAGCUCACCAUCUUUUCUGCUUGCUGCCCCCAGUGCAGCCUACUCAGAACUCAUUGCCAGAAGUACUUGCUAUUAUUCAGGUAGCCCUUGAAGGAGAAAUCUCGAGUCAGUCUGUAAUGAACAGCCUCUCUCGUGGGAAGAAAGCAUUUGGAGAUCUCAUUCCAUGGACAGUGUCAGAGCAGUUUCAGGAUCAUGACUUUGGAAGUUUAUCAGGAGGGCGUAUUGUCAGAAUUGCGGUACAUCCUGAUUACCAAGCGAUGGGUUAUGGAAGCCGAGCAAUGGAGUUGCUACAGAUGUAUUAUGAAGGGAAAUGUCCUUGUCUGGAAGAGCAAGAAGGCCAUAAAUCCACCGAAAUAACCACUGUCAGCAGUGAGGCUAUAAGCUUACUAGAAGAGACCUUGACACCGCGCAAAGACUUGCCACCUUUACUACUGAAGCUCAGUGAACGACCUGCAGAGAAACUUGACUACCUGGGAGUAUCUUAUGGCCUCACGUCACAACUGUUGAAGUUCUGGAAGCGAGCAGGAUACGUUCCAGUAUAUCUAAGGCAGACACCUAAUGAUUUGACUGGUGAACAUUCUUGCAUCAUGUUGAAAAUAUUGAAUGAGGAGGAGUUUGUGGACACUGCACAAAAAAAUUGGUUGCAUGCCUACUGGACAGAUUUCAGAAAACGGUUCCUGUCCCUCCUUGGCUACCAGUUCAGUAAUUUCCUUCCAUCUGUGGGACUGAAUAUUCUUCAGAAUAAAAGCAUGAAAAGGGAAUCCAUACCACCUUUAAACAGAUCCGAACUGGAAACUAAAUUUACACCGUAUGAUUUGAAACGAUUGGAGAUGUAUUCUCGGAACAUGGUGGACUACCAUCUAAUCUUGGACAUGGUCCCUUGCAUAUCUGGGCUCUACUUUUUGAAUCAUCUUGGUGAUAUCUCUUUAUCUGUUGCACAAUCUGCUUUACUAUUAGGUAUUGGACUUCAACGCAAGUCUGUUGACCAGCUCGAGAAGGAAAUUGAUCUUCCAGUUAGUCAACUAAUGGGUCUUUUCAACCGAUUAAUCCGCAAAGUUGUCCAGCUCUUCAAUAACAUCCUGGAGAAGUCUGUGGAGGAACAAAUGAUUACAGCGAAGGAGAUAGUAAUGGAACCUACAGUCAAAUCACUCUCUGAGGAUCUGGAGGAAGCAGCAAAGGAAUUUGAAGAAAAACACAAGCAGGAAGUUGAAAAAUUGAAAGGAAUGGAUCUAACUCAGUAUAUGAUCCGUGGCAAUGAUGAUGAAUGGAAUGAAGUACUAAAGUCGACAGGCCAGAAUGCCACAGUUAUCAGCAUUCAAAGUGCCAAAAGGAAACAAGAUUCAAUGGAGAAAGGUGGUCACCAGUUGGAGACGAAAAGGAUUAAAAAGAAUAAAGACAAAAGAAGUGGGCAAAGUAAUUCACAUAAACAAAAGCACAAUUUAAAAUUUAGUAAUUGAUUUCAAAAUCAGCAUAAAUUGAUAGAGUGCGAUUCUUUGGGAUAAAUCUCAGUUGCCCAACUAUAAGAGAUGUGAUCGAACUGAGAAAAUGAAAAUUAAAGAAAUAUGAAGAAUUGUCGAAAUCUGUCGUCUUUUAAUUUGUAAUUCCAGAGACCUUAAGAAAUUGAAGAUCAUUGCUUUCCUCCUUGUCCCUCUAUACAUGUUAAGACUGACACUUCCAAGUUUUUAAAAUAUUUUUAAACAUAUGCCUCCUACAAUUGGAAAUCCAUGCUAUUGAGUAUGAAAUAUAGUGAGUAUGGAUUUAUGUAACAGGGAACUUAAAAAUGGCUGUUAACAGGUAUGUAAAAAUGGCUUUUGGCUAAAUAUAUUAAAAAGCUGCUUUUAUUUUCA